AAAGAGCCAAAUAUGGGAAAUGACGUGCUUCAGCAGCAGCAUUGAAGUUCUAGAAAGAGCCCCUGGAUUCCAGCGAGCAGAGAGAGCAUGCCGGUGGGUGUCGGACGCAAGAGGAGGGGAGACACGGCUGUUUAGUGUGUCUAUAUCGGGAUGUGGAUAAAUAUCACAGGGUCCACAGCUCUGAGUAAUCACUCUAAACCUAGCUAGGCUACUUAAUCUAUCUGUAGCUGUUCAACUCUCCUGACUGUGUGUCAGUGUCUGGCUGGCACUGAUCUUAUUGUUGAGAGUUGCAGAGAGAGCAGCGGUUAAGUUUUCCACUUACCGCCAUAUCAGAGGGCUCUCUCUCUCCUGGAUAUAUUUUCAUAGCGGAUUGACUGACAGGCAGCGUCCGUCAAACACACCAGCGGCUUCUCUUCUCUCCAGCGCGGGGCCGCUUCGGGGGAAACUAUGGGGAAAGAUUAUUAUAAAAUCCUGGGGAUAGUGAAAGGAGCGGCCGACGAGGAUAUCAAAAAGGCGUACAGGAAACAGGCUCUGAAAUGGCACCCGGACAAAAACAAGGCGUCCAACGCCGAGGAGAAAUUCAAGGAGAUCGCGGAGGCAUAUGAAGUCCUCAGUGAUCCGAAAAAAAGAGAGAUAUAUGAUCAGUAUGGAGAGGAAGGUCUCAAAGGAAGUCCCAAUAGUGGUCCAGAUGACCAGGGCAGCAACUUCACCUCCUACACAUUCCACGGAGACCCCCACGCCACCUUCGCCACCUUCUUCGGCGGCGCCAACCCUUUCGAGAUGUUCUUCGGACGCAAGGCUAACGGGCGCGGUCCGGGCGGAGACGACGAGGACAUGGAUGUGGACGGCAACGACCCGUUCGGCUCCUUCACCUCGUUUAAUCUCAACGGGUUCCCUCGGGACCGCCACGUGGGGCUGGGCGGGCAGCAGAGGAGGAAGCAGGACCCGGCCGUUCAUCACGAGCUGCGGGUAUCGCUGGAGGAAGUGUUUCACGGUUGCACCAAGAGGAUGAAGAUCAGCAGGAAGAGGAUGAACCCAGACGGACGGACCAUGAGGACGGAGGAUAAGAUUCUCACCAUAGAGAUUAAGAGAGGGUGGAAGGAGGGAACCAAGAUCACGUUCCCCAGAGAAGGAGACGAGUCGCCCAAUACGAUCCCUGCUGAUAUUGUGUUCGUCAUUAAGGACAAGCCCCACAUGCACUUUAGAAGGGAGGGGUCGGACAUCGUGUACCCGGUGAAAGUUAGUCUACGACAGUCGUUGUGUGGUUGCUCGGUGACGGUGUCUACGAUAGACGGGAAGACGUGUAGCAUGAAGAUCACGGAUGUGAUAAAGCCAGGCAUGAAACAGACUGUAGCAGGACAGGGCCUUCCCUUACCCAAGAACCCCGAGCAGAGAGGUGACCUGGUGGUGGAGUUUGACGUGAACUUUCCCGAGAGUCUCCCCAGCAACGCCAAGGAUGUCCUGAAGAGGCAUUUACCUGCUUCCUAGAAGAACAUACACACAGAGAGACAGAGACACACAGAGACAGAGAGACCGACACACAGAGAGAGACAGAGACACAGAGAGACACGGAGUGACAGAGAGACCGACACACAGAGAGAGACAGAGAGACAGAGACACGGAGUGACAGAGAGACCGACACACAGAGAGAGACAGAGACACAGAGAGACACGGAGUGACAGAGAGACCGACACACAGAGAGAGACAGAGACACAGAGAGACACGGAGUGACAGAGAGACAGAGACACACACCUGGUGGAUGGAAAGGGAUGACAUCAGGAUGCCAGCUUACUCCUCUCUCCUCAUCCUCC